GCCCCCACCAGGCGAGGCGGCCUGUCGCGUCGCCGUGCGUGCUCUUGUCCUCUUCGUCCUCGUCCUCGUCCGCAUCUUCUUCGUCCUCGUCUUCUUCUUCGUGUCCUCGUCGUCAUAGGGUCUGCCAGGGUAACGACGGUAGAUGUAAACACAGAAAGAGAAAGAGAGAGAGAGAAAGAGAGGACAAGAAGAUAAGAAAGAGAGUUGGGGGUCUCUCUCCGAGACGAGCGUCUCGUGAUUCGUCGGGCGAAGUAAAAGGGCGGGCGGAGGGGGUGGGGUUGGACGGAGGAAGGCAGAGAGAGAGAAAAAGAGAGAAAGAGAGAGAGAGAGAAAGAAAGAGAUAGAAAGAGAAAGAGAGAUAAAGAGAGAGAGAUUACAAGAGGCGCCGGGCAAGCAUCCCAGAACGGCCGUGUGCUCCGUUCGUCUCUGAAACACAGAGAGGAGAGAGUCGGGGCUCGAUCGAUCGAUCGGCUCGAUCGAGCGUCGAACAAUUAACGGCCAUCAAAUGCCCAUCUCGGGUACGCGUGGCGCGUAAAUCGCGGCGCGUAAAUCGUGGCACGCUCUUGCGACUGAACGGACACGCGCCUAUCCUCCUCCUCCUCCUCUUCCUCCUCCUCUUCCUUUUCCUCCUCCUCCUCCUUCCCUUCUCCUCUUCCUUUUCUUCCUCUUCCCCUUCUUUUUUACUUCAUCUUAUUUUUCUUCGCUUCGUCUUCGUCUUCAUCUUCGUCUUCAUCUUCGUCUUCGCCUUCGCCUUCAUCUUCGUCUUCGUCUUCACUUCCUCUUUAUUUCUUGUUCUCCAAAAAGUCACUCCCCUCUCCCCCACCACUUUCUUUCAUCAACUCCCUCUUUUCUCCUCUCUUCUUCUUCUCCUUUUUCUUUUUCUUUUUCUUUUUCUUCUUCUUCUUCUUCUUCUUUUUUUUCUUCCGUUUCCUUUACCUCCUUCCGCCUUCCAAAGUUUUUGGAAAACGCGCGAGUAAACUUUUCGUGGCCAGUGCCUUCGAGGACCUUCGACGGGCCGAAAUUUUUACUUCGGUCUUUACUCCCGUACGACGGCCCGUCGAUGUCCGUCGAUCGUUCUCCCAACCGAACGCGAUACUUCGUGAUUUUACAGAUCGAUAUAUUCGAUCGAUAUAACGAACGAUCCGUGGAUCGUCCUCGGCGUGUCAGUGUCUUAUCGUCGUCGUCGUCCUCGUCGUCUGACUUCUUGGGAAUAAAUCGGGACUCGUAAUCAAAGAGGACGAAGAGUAAGCUCGUUCUUCCGAGGUCGCCUUUCCUUCUUCUUCUUCUUCUUCUUCUUCUUCUUCUUCUUCUACUACUUCUUCUUCUUCAUUAUCGUCAUCUUCUUCUACCUCUACUUCUUCUUCUUCUUCUUCUUCUUCUUCUUCUUCUUCUUCUUCUUCUUCGCUAAAUCGUCUCCUUCGAUCGUCUCCUUUCGCUGUUUUAUAGCGUGGGUGUGACGUUAGAGAGCCUCGAGAUGUUACUCUCCGGUGCUUGGUUCGAGGCUAUAGCCGCUACACUUCUUGCAAUUUUAGUCUUGGCUACCAGCUAUCGACCACCAUGGUGGUUCUGGACCGGAAGUCAUCAGACCAGUGCCAUAUCGGAGGAGAAGGAUAGGAGGCCAUUUAAAACAGCUCGGGACGUGCCCGGUCCAUUCUCCUUACCUAUUCUUGGUACAAGAUGGAUAUUCUCCUGGAUCGGGUACUAUCGAAUGAACAAGAUUCACGAGGCUUACAAAGAUCUGAAUCGACGCUACGGAGGCUUGUGCAAGGAGGAGGCACUGUGGAACUGGCCGGUGAUAUCGGUAUUUUCUCGACGUGAUAUCGAGCAGAUCCUUAGGCGAGGUUCAAGGUAUCCUCUUCGUCCACCGCAAGAAGUCAUAUCGCACUAUCGACACUCGCGUCGUGAUCGUUACACUAAUCUCGGUCUUGUGAAUGAUUUUCAUAACUUUUCUAUGACACAACACAUAACACACAACACACAUAUACACGGAACACGCAAACGCACACACAGACAGGGCGAGACUUGGCAGAAGCUUCGUUCUGCUCUCACUCCGGAACUCACGGGAGCCAGCACGGUUCUCGGCUUUUUUCCUGCUCUAAAUAUCGUCUGUGACGGUUUCAUCGAGCUAAUACGAAAACGGAGAACCAUGUUUGGCAUCGCGGGAUUCGAAGAACUUGCCUAUAGAAUGGGACUCGAGAGUACCUGUACCUUGAUUCUGGGUCGGCAUCUUGGUUUCUUAAAGCCGGACUCGAGCGACACGCUUACUGCAAGAUUAGCGGAAGCAGUUAGGAUUCACUUCACGGCCUCGCGAGAUGCCUUUUAUGGAUUGCCGCUUUGGAAGGUGCUACCGACAUCUGCUUACAAACAACUGAUAGAGAGCGAGGACGCUAUUUACAACAUAAUUUCAGAAUUAAUGGAAACGACGAUGUACGAGAAAAGGAACGACGCUCGAGACGAAUCCGUGGAGGCUGUUUAUCAAUCGAUUUUACGACAGAAAUCAUUAGACAUAAGGGAUAAAAAGGCAGCCAUAGUGGACUUUAUUGCGGCCGGUAUACACACAUUGGGUAAUACUUUAGUUUUCCUUUUCCACAUGAUCGGAAGUAAUCCAGAAGUACAAGAAACUUUAUACGAAGAAACCUGUACAUUGGCACCGCGAGGUUGCGAUCUGACAGUCGAGGAUCUUCGAAAAGCACGUUAUUUACGUGCUUGCAUCAAUGAAGCGUUUAGGUUGGUACCAACGGCACCGUGUAUCGCAAGAAUUUUAGAUGAACCAAUAGAAUUGGACGGCUAUCAUCUCAACGCUGGGACGGUAGUUCUCUUGCAUACAUGGAUAGCUGGAUUAGACGAGAAUAACUUUAAGAAUGCGUCCAAAUGCGUGCCUGAAAGAUGGCUGAAGCCUAUGGUACCACAUUCGCCAUUACUGGUAGCGCCUUUCGGUGCUGGUCGAAGAAUCUGCCCGGGCAAACGCUUUGUGGAACUUGCUCUACAACUUAUCCUAGCGAAGAUCGUUCGAGAAUUCGAAAUCAUAGUAGACGAUAAACUCGAUCUACAGUUCGAGUUUAUUCUCGCCCCGAAAAGUCCGGUCUCACUCGGUUUUCGAGAUCGUCUGGAAGUGGUAUGAAAAGUGAUCGAACAAUUAGAAGACCAAACGCCUUGCCAAAUCGCGUUUUAAUCGUAUAAAUUUACGCGUACACGUUUAGAUAUAUAUAUAUAUAUAUAUAUAUAUAUAUAUAUAUAUAUAUAUAUAUAUAUGUAUGUAUGUAUAUCUAUAUACAUAUAUGUUAUACGUAUGUAUUGUAUAUUCAGCGCGAACAUCACGUUUAAGCAUUCGACGUUAAUCAUUUUCAUCGAUUGAUCUAUCGAGAAUCGUUUUUUCCAUUUUUUUUUUUUUUAUCUUUUUGCUAGCACGCAAUAUUUUUAACCUAUUGCACUCGACGAACAUUAUCAGUCAGUCUCAAUUUUAAAUAUCAACGUUUUCUUAGUGUUUCUCCUCUUUUUUUUGUUUUUUUCAACUGAAUGAAAUACGAAUUAACAAUAAUAACAAAAGACAAAGCGAGAAUACCAUCUCGAGUGCAAAAGGUUAAUUUCUAAGAGCAUUCUACUCGAACAUUAAAUUAUCUAUUAUACGGCUAAUUAGGAUCGUCUUAUUUUUUUCAAACAUUGACGUACAUAUGUAUGGUAUGUAUAUGAAUGUAAUGAUAUCAUAAUAAUUAAAAUUAUUUAGAAUCGUCGUUCAUCAUUCAUGUUAUUAAAUCGAAAUCGUUCAUUUUCUAUUAUUUUUUUUCUUUUCUUUUUUUUUUUCUAACAUUUCCAUUUGUUUUCUUCUCCUACUUCUGCUUCUUCUUCUUCUCCAUCUUAUUUUCUUUUCUUUCUUUUUGUUUCCUUUUUU